AUGGCUAGCGAAGUCACCGCGGACGGGCACGUACUAGCUCCUCUGAACAUCACAGCACCUGCUCCAAUACUCAACCUCAGAGGAUUCAAAUGGGACACCGUGGACGAAAAGAUUCACGGCUCACAGUCCAGUGAAGAUCACGAAAGAGACGCACCCCAAGGCGUACUUCCUGGUCAUGGACAAGUUUUAACGGAAACUUCGAUGGAGCAGGAGCCCCUGGUCGCUGAUGUCGCGCCUCCUUUUCAACGCGCAGCCGCAGUGCCGCCCCCUGCAGUGCUACCAGCACCGACGCUGUCGGACCAGCUAGCGCAGCAGCUAUCUCCACCGAAACCACAAGACUCAUUUGCUCCUAGUUUCCCGCUCGAACAGUUCCAGGGCACCUAUGCUGGUAACGGGUUCAAUAUGAUAUUUCGCCCACGAUUCCGAAAUGAUAAUAGUUUACCCAUCAAACCGGAACGUGAUGGGGGCCCUGGUGACAACAUUCUGGAGCUGAAUCUCACGAGGGAGCAAUUGACGUUUGGACAAAAUCUCGGCAAAAUACCCAACCGCGGAUUGGAUGUUACGAACCGUGAGACUGGAAAAGGCGACCGUCUUGAUGAUCCUCCUACUGGUAUACAUUUUGAGCCCGGCGUAUGGCUCCACGUUCCGGCGGCAAAUUUCCAGAAGAAGGGUACACCAAGCGUAGUCCGCAUGGCGUCCAUACCCCAUGGCACAACAGUCAACGCACAAGGCCUGAUUCCAACUCGUUCCAAUACCACUCUAGGCGGAGUUUCUGGUCCCCCCAGUAUCGACGAUAUUGACACUACACCAUUCACCAUUGGGGAUCCUAAAGAUAGGCUAAUUGGAGUUUUCAAAUCCAUGGAUGCAGACAAUCAGAAAACUUUCAGGGUUCCACAGAAUCUCGAAAAGUUCAACGACAAGGGGCAGACCAUCACGGAAACCAUUAGUUUCGAAGUCUCCACUGGACCUCCGUCGGCUGAGCUCAACGGCGGCGGAACUGCAAAUAUAUCCUUCCUUGCAGGCAAACAGGACCCUGUAACAACCGCCGCUCCAGGCAAGAACGAUAGUCCGAUCGCUAACGCAGACUUUAUGAAGUCUAAGUAUUGGAUCGAAAGGGUGGCAUAUCAGGUCAACGUUCAAAAGUCACUGAAACAAACCACGAUGCUACUGAGGCCUACCAUGCCGAGCAACUCUACUGCGCCUACUCCUGUUUUCGCAAUUACGACACCACCUAAUGGUGUCCCGAACAACACAACCAUUACGGUCCCUGGGAUUCAGAUUCAGUCCUCGCAGACCGUGAACCUGAAUUUUAUGGGUUUGACUUGGCCACACGUCAGUGUGUCGACGCUCGUCCCGACGACCCCACAAGCAUUCCGGAUGACAUGA